GAAGAAUGUGUUGUAGAAAGAAAAAGCGAUCAAAGCGUCCAGCUUCAAUCACCCGACGGGUAGCUGAAGUCGAAUACAAAAGGAUCAAACCAGCAGGAAAACGAAGGAGCGAUUCCCAGGGAAUAUCAAUUGAAAAUGCAGCUGAAGUAUAUUUCUGUACGUUGCACUCGAAUUUUUCGCCCGAAUGUCACAAACCUAACGCACCUCCUCUUACACCGAUAGUUACCAUACAGCCCAUUAUCAACUUCGUUGGAAACUUUGAUCAAGACGAACUCCCUUACGAGAACCAACAAACUGAACAAUCGAAAUUCGUUUACAAAAUAUGUACUGGUGUGCAAUACUGCCCUACCGAAUCUAAACAUAAAAUUGAUUCGGUUGACAAAUUUUCCACCUUCGCUCAAUCGCGUGUGAUUCCUUUAAAACCUAUUACGCUGCAGCAAAAAAUAAAGAAUGUAAAAAAACCUUUUUUUACUAAACUAUUUUUUUGCUUCGUAAAAAAUGAGCAAAGGAGAACUAGAAGCGAAAACGCCACACGCAAAAGCUCUUCCAAAGGGAAACAUAUUACUAACUGUGUCGGUGAAAGAAUACUCAACUACUCUAAAUCCGAAGAAAAAGUUCACGACAAAUGCCAGCAUACGCGUAACGUGAACUCUGGCCACAGUUUUGAAAUCGUAUCUCAACUACUAACAAAAUCAGUUUCAAUAUCAAAAAUGUCUUGUGACAAUAUUUCACCAGAGCUUGAACAAGGACGCUCACGUUUGAGUAAAAGGGAGACCAGUUUUUUUCAUCUCAUAAUUAAUGCCUUAAAAAAUAAGACAGUUAGAAGAAAACGAGAAAAAUGUAAAGGCGAUAAAAAGAAUAAGGUAAUUGUUCUCCAUCUACCGAAAAAAGACAGCAGUUUCUCAGUUGGCACGGUGGGCUCGGCAGCCGCGGCAUGCAGCAAGUUAGAGAACAUUCAAAAACCUUUGGUCAUCAAAGACGAAGAGCCCCUGGUAUCGGAAGACGAUCCUCCUGAUGUACCUGAGAGAGUCGACAGCAUACGACACAAUAAAAUAUGCGGACCGGGAGAAAUAAUAAUCCGAAGACAUCUUUAAAUUAAAGUUGACUUUUACUUACCUUACUAUAUUCAGAAAAUAAUAAAAUUUAUGUGAACAUAUUCUUUUUCAUUUUCUGUUUAUCUUGGAAUAGGUAUCCCUUAUAACUUUAACUGAACCCAAGAUUUAAAGUCGACAGAAAAGAAUGGAAUUGGCAAUGCUCUGUUAUGAAUGUGAAGCUUACAAUGACAGAGCAAGUGUAGGAUUCUGUCUUAAUUUGUUACUUGUUGUAUACUUCUUCUUGGUUAUACAGCUAUCGGGGUGCAUUCGGUCCUAUAUGUGGAAUUCACACCAAAUAUU